UGGAGUCGCACACGCUCUCCGCACGGGUCGCCGGACUGGCGGCGGGCCGGGAGUCCGCACAGCCCGCUCGCGCCCUCCGGCGCCCCGGCCUGUGCGCCCCCGUGUCCCCCCGCGCGCCCGCCCACUCCCGCGCGUGCCCUCCCCGCUUCCCACGCGCGCGCUCGUCCGGCCCCGCGGCCCCGCGGCCUUCCCAUGGCUGACCUGAGCUUCAUUGAAGAUUCCGUCUCCUUCCCGGAGAAGGAGGAGGAUGAGGAGGAAGAGGAGGAGGGCGUGGAGUGGGGCUACGAGGAAGGUGUUGAAUGGGGCUUGGUGUUUCCAGAUGCCAAUGGGGAAUACCAGUCUCCUAUUAACCUAAACUCCAGAGAAGCUAGAUAUGACCCCUCGCUGCUGGAUGUCCGCCUUUCUCCAAAUUAUGUGGUCUGCCGGGACUGUGAAGUCACCAAUGAUGGACACACCAUUCAGGUUAUCCUGAAGUCAAAAUCAGUUCUGUCUGGAGGACCAUUGCCCCAAGGGCAUGAAUUUGAGCUGUAUGAAGUUAGGUUUCAUUGGGGAAGAGAAAACCAGCGUGGUUCUGAGCACACCGUUAAUUUCAAAGCUUUUCCCAUGGAGCUGCACCUGAUCCACUGGAACUCCACUCUGUUUGGCAGCAUUGAUGAGGCUGUGGGGAAGCCGCAUGGCAUAGCCAUCAUUGCCCUGUUCGUUCAGAUAGGGAAGGAACAUGUUGGUCUGAAAGCCGUGACUGAAAUACUCCAGGAUAUUCAAUAUAAGGGAAAGUCCAAAACAAUUCCUUGCUUUAAUCCUAACACUUUAUUACCAGACCCUCUGCUGCGGGAUUACUGGGUCUAUGAAGGCUCUCUUACGAUCCCACCUUGCAGCGAAGGUGUUACCUGGAUAUUAUUCCGAUACCCUUUAACUAUAUCCCAGCUACAGAUAGAAGAAUUUCGCAGGCUGAGGACGCAUGUUAAGGGGGCAGAACUUGUGGAAGGCUGUGAUGGAAUUUUGGGAGACAACUUUCGACCUACUCAGCCACUUAGUGACAGAGUAAUCAGAGCUGCAUUUCAGUAGCCAUCUCCCUCAGGGAGGAAGACAGUGGUCCUGUGGUGUGUCCUUGGAUGGGAAAUGGAAACUUGUGAACUGAAGCUUCACUUUAUCCCCACAGCCUGCAGUGUUUGUCUUUGUCUAAUGACCUUUGGUGGACAUCCAUUACACUUGCCUGUACAAAGCUGUAAUGAAGUAUAAGAAGUGGCUGUACAUUCAAGACAGGCCCCACAUUAUAUGCCCAUAUACAUUGCACACGUACUGUAUGUGGCUUAUGUGUAGAAAAAAUGAAGCUAGUUUUCAGAGUUUAUAUUAACAUGAAUAUAUAUCAUGUAUUUAAUAUUGAGAUAGACAAAAAUGCAUUUCUGGCAUUAGUAAUCUCCAUUUCUUCUCUCUAACAGAAAAUUUGUUCAUGUUGAGACUAGUAUAAUUCUUGAUAGUAAAAUAAGAACUUUGAUUAAGAAUAGCCUAGAGCUUUACAGUGCACUGAAAAGGAUCAUUAAAACCCACCUUAUGGUAUUUUUCAGUACCCAUACCAAAAUUAUUGUCAAGCUGAUUUGUCAUGGAAGAUAAUUUAAGUUGAUGAAGUGAUAUAAAACCCACUUUAUUUCUUAAAGGAUUUACUUGAACAUAUGAAUUUAAUAUGAAAUAUCUGAAGCUGUGGUUUCUAAAAAUUUGAGAAUGGCAUAAGAGAUAUAAUGAUGUAAAGAAGAUGGGUACAGCACACCAGGAAUAGCUUUAUUUUCCACAAAUAAAAAUAUGGAUUUAGAAGUGUCCUGUUUUAAUUUAAAUCUACACUUUAUAAAACUUCAACGUAUUUUAUUGUAUAGAUUGCACUUCUUUGAAAGCUGGCCAACAAUACCCUUAUUUUAAUUAAUUGUAAGUGCUACUGCAAAUUUGAGCAUAUACUUAUUGUCAGAUGUGACAGAAUGAGAAUUUAUGUAAAGCAAUGAAGUCCUUGGCUCAAAGGAAGAGCACAAUAAAUAUUUUUUGUUGUUAUAA